AUGACUAUGACCUUGCUAUUGUCUCGAUGGAACUUACAUGGCAAGCCAAUACUCCCCAAUGGCGGAGUAGAACUCGGGCUGCACGAGCUUGUCCGACCUGUCAACGACGAAAGUCACAAUGCUGCCAGUCAUUUAGAUCGCCCGAAUUCACCUGCCCAAUGUAUUGCAAAUUGGCAGAGAACCUCAUCAGCAGAUCCAGCUCUGCAAUCAACCUCCAACACGGAGCGAUUUGUAGGAGACUUGAACCCCGAAGCUUUCAUUCGAGAGAAACUGGAUGAGACAGCUGGGAAUCGUCUCCGUGACCGAGUUGGUCUCUGGAUUAGCUCCCCAUCCAUAAGGGGGCCUGAUCAUGAUGUGCGUGAUUCGCGAGAUGCUGCUGGCAAUGAUACCUUUUCCGCACCACCGCCAUCAUCAUCCCUGGACCGACGGGUAGUUGAAAUCUUAUUAAAUCAGCGUUGCUCAUCUGCGAUCCAAGCAUGUGAGCAGCUUCCCAAGGCAACUAGGGAGUCUCUUACGGCCAUAUAUUUUUCCAAGAUCAACCACACAAUUCCUCUACUAGAGAUGGAGUCAUUUGUCAAUGCUCAAGCCCAAGGCUCUGUUUCUAUUUUCCUUGAGCGUGCCAUCUGCCUUAUUGCAGCAAAAGACCCCGAGGCGCCCUCAGGUCUUCGCCUAUUAGAGGAAGGGCCGAUUGUACCAACGCGUCAAUUCUGCUCUAGCAUCCAUAAUGGACUCACAGUCGCUAUGGAUAUGGAACUAGAGUCUGACCGCUUGACUCGUAUCCGUAUUCUUGCUUUAAUGUCUUUGCAUUUUGAAGGAAAUGAUGGGGGGGAGGCCGCAUCUUUGCAUCUUUGCAAGGCUAUUCAUCAAGCUCAAACAAUAGGUCUACAUCUUGACCGGCCGGACCGGACAUCUGAAGACCCCCUUGUCAAAUUAUUCUGGGGUCUCUGGACCUUGGAUAAAAUGCAUGCAAGCAUUGGCGGUCGUCCAGUUCUUUUGGCCGACCGCGACAUUGGGAUUCCAAGACCAAAAACUCCCCCUCGGGGAGCAUUUGGCGUGUGGCUUGCCAUAUCGGAUUUACUUGCCACCGUCAUAUCCUAUUACCGGCCAUCCGCCGUAAUCACUAGCGGAUGGGAGGAAGGAUUUCCGGCCUUCGAAGAUAUUGUAGGAGACGCCCACAGUGAUUUGGAUUUCUCGGCCCUUGGGAUUUUGGAGUUGUAUUAUCAUUGUGUUGCUAUCUUGUCAUGCCGGUACAAAUUGACGGACGGUCUUGACGGUGCCAAGGUUUCCUCCAUUCGGCAAGGUCUCGCAGCAGUUCGGAUUCAAUCCAUUGUUGCAACAGAAUGUACGGGCCGGCUACCACCUCUUCCUAUUGUACCCUAUGCAAUAGCCUUGUCGAUGAGUGUAUCUUAUCGGCAACUUCGAUCUAGCAAGCUGAUCACCCACUUUAAUCGAGCCAAGGCCAGCUUGGAGGCAUGUUGCUGUUUACUCGAAGAUCUCAGUCCUCGCUGGUCUUCCGCUGAAGCAAUGGCCCGCCUCGGCCAGAAAGCUUUACAGCAUAUUGGCCUUGAAAAAUCACAAUAUGCACGACCGAAGACGAUUUUGAUGCCACAGUCUCCCCACUUGCAUUCUCCCUACCCGGAGCCUGUUGACCCGUCCCACGAUAAUGAGCCCCGAUCAAGCCUGGGUGAAUCGGGAGGUGAUGCCGGUGUAUCAGAUAUGGGCCUUGCGCCUGUGAUUUCUAUGGAAAGCUCUCUUCCACCUAUGGAUGAUAUCAAUACUUCGAUGCAUGGGUUUUCCGACAUUGAUGCCCUAUUUGGCGAAUUCCUAGAUCUGUCCCUUCCGACGAACUUCUGGGAUCCCAUCUUUGCAGAGGCAGAGUCAGACAAUCAAGGGUCCUGA